AUGCCAGCCAGUCUCCCGCUCGAAACUGUCCUCGACAUUGUCCGCGCGUACAUCCAGCGCGACUUCUUCUACGAGGACUGGUCGCCCUACCACCAUCGCCUCGCGACGCUCUGCCUCGUCUGCAAGGCCUUCAAGGACCUUGUGCAGCGGGUCCUAUGGUCUCGUUUGCGCCUCAGCAGCGACGCCCAACUCGAAAAGCUCGCCGAGCCUGAGACUGGCACCUCGCGCCUCUUCCAGCACGUCGAGGAUUUCGCGGGACUCGGGCCUGACUGCGACGGGCAUUUCCGCGAUGGCCUGCAAGUCGACGAGCUCAUCGGGUCGCUGCUGCCGAACGUGCGGAGCGUUGCAAUGCGCAGCUUCGGCGGGAGCGUCUUCGACAUGGAGAGGGUGGCGUUUUGCAUGGCCCUAACGUCCCUCGCCCUCGAGAGCUAUUUCUUGUGCGACAUUUCGAGAUCCCUUGUCCUCGCCAACCUGUACGACUUAUCGCUCGUCCGCGUGAGUAGCGCUUCGCCCUACGGCGUCUCGCGCGUUCUUCACGAGGACUGUACGCCAGCUCUUCGGCGGCUCUACCUCGCAGAUAUCUUUGACGCCAACGAACCUGACUCCUGGUUCCCCGAGCCUCGUCUUCCAAUUCAAGGCCUCGACCUGCGCCGCGUCAAGACUGUCCAGCUCAAACCGGAGAGCGUUGAGCUGCUUCCCUCGGCUUUGUACCACCCGGACGGCCCAUUCGGCAACAAGUCGGACGUCCUCCUCUCUUGGACGGCGCAAAGCGGCUACCAGCUUUCGGGGUCCUUCGAGCUCCCUCGCUUUUUCCAGCUCCACAUUUUGCACUGGAUGCUUGAAGCCCCAACGUCGCAGUUCACCGAGGCGAUCAGAAGCGUGCUCGACAUCGUUUGGGGCGAAGAGUUCGAGGUCAUCUUCCUUCCGUCGAGCGUCCGCAACCGCGCAAACGUCCCGACCUGGAUCCAGCGAGGCCUCCGCACUCUCUUCGACGAAUGCAUCGACGCCGGCAUCUCGAUCUACUUCUACAGUGACAGCUCGGAGGAGUCGUCCUUGCGCAUGUCGGACGCCUUCCUCCGCUUCGUCAACGACCCGUCGAUGCCGGAUGAGAGUCCUCUCAUCGUUGAGUCUGUCGUUGAGUCUCGCCGGUCGAGGACGGGCGAGGCAACGUCACCCAAGACUCACGAAGAGACGCUUUGGACUUUCGCCAAGAGCUUCGGAGAGAUCGGAGAUCUCGACGAUGAGGACGACUUGGGCGGCGACUUCUACUCGGAGGACGAGGGCGAGGAUGAGGAGGACGACGAGUGGGGUACGGAGGAAGAAGAUGCGGAAGUGGAGGAGUGA